CCGUCAACAUGGCGGCCAGCAGCGUGAGUGCGGGGAGCUCCGUGAGGAAAAGACGUCUGGACGGCAGGAGGACAGAGACGGACUCCGUCCCCGACAGCACACAAAAUGGGACAAAGGGCAGCGGAGACUCGGACACAGAAAAGCAGCUCCGGGAAUUACAACCUGGAACUUACUGGCUCACUCGCAUCGUCCUGCUGCGCGCCGUCGCCUUUAUUUACUUUGUGGCCUUCAGCAUUGCGUACAACCAGAACAAGCAGCUGAUCGGGGAACAUGGCCUAAUGCCCUGCAGGAGCUACCUGAGGAGUGUCAAACGCUAUGUCGGAGGGAAGAUCGGGAUGGCCGCUUUGGCCUACACGCCCUCCGUCCUCUGGUUCCUGGACUGGGACCACAUGGACGCCAACCUGGAUGGCAUCGCCUUGGUGGGGAUGGCCUUGUCCAUGUUUGUCCUGGUGACAGGAAUGGCCAACAUGGUGAUCAUGUUCAUGCUGUGGGUCUUGUACCACUCCCUGGUCAACGUGGGACAGCUGUGGUAUUCCUUUGGUUGGGAGAGCCAGCUGUUGGAGACAGGAUUUCUGUCGAUUUUCUGGUGUCCGGUGUGGACUCUGUCCCAGGUCCCCCGCCGCUGUCCCCCCUCCCUCAUCUGCAUCUGGACCUUCAGAUGGCUCAUUGUUCGCAUCAUGCUGGGAGCUGGUCUUAUUAAAAUCCGAGGUGACAAAUGCUGGCGAGACCUGACCUGCAUGGACUACCACUACGAGACCCAGCCCGUUCCCAACCCCAUGUCCUACUACAUGCAUCGCUCUCCGUGGUGGUUCCACCGCUUCGAGACCUUGUCCAACCACUUCAUCGAGCUCAUCGCCCCGUUCUUCACCUUCCUGGGCCGGCGGAUGCGCAUGACGAACGGAACAUUCCAGAUUCUUUUCCAGGUGGUCCUCAUAAUCAGCGGGAACCUCAGUUUCCUGAACUGGCUCACAAUAGUUCCGAGUUUAGCCUGCUUCGAUGACGCAUCGCUGGGCUUCCUGUUUCGCGGGGCCGGAGCCAAGAAGGCCGUGCUGGAGAUACAGACCGAACAUGCAGCCGGAGGCACGCCAGAACCCUCCAGAGGGAUGUUGAUUCGUCGAGUGGUGAACAUUACUCUGGGCAUUCUGAUUGGCUGUCUCAGCGUUCCGGUGGUGAUGAACCUGCUGAGCUCCAAGCAGGUGAUGAACACGUCCUUCGACCCGCUGCGCAUCGUCAACACCUACGGGGCCUUCGGCAGCAUCACGAAGGAGCGUACAGAGGUGAUUUUCCAGGGCACUCUGAGCUCAGAUCCCAAGGCCCCUGAUGCAGUCUGGGAGGAAUACCAGUUCCUGUGUAAGCCAGGAGACCUUCACCGCCGACCGUGCCUCAUAUCUCCGUACCACUACCGGCUGGACUGGCUCAUGUGGUUCGCUGCCUUCCAGACCUACGAGCAGAGUGAGUGGGUGAUCCACAUCGCCGGACGUCUGCUGGCCAAUGACACCGCAGUCCUCUCACUGCUGGACCACAAUCCCUUCCAAGGCAGAGACCCACCCAGGUGGGUCCGCGGAGAACAUUUCAUAUACAAGUUCAGUAAGCCGGGCAGCGCCAGCGCCGCUGAGGGGAAGUGGUGGCUCAGGAAGCGGAUCGGACCGUACUUCCCUCCCGUGGACCUGGAAGGCCUCAGAAGCUACUUCCAGUCCAGGGACUGGCCCCACCCACUCAUACGCGCCAACAGGAACUAACGCCACGGUGGCAGCACCUCAGAGGACGCUGUCAUCAAAGAUGAUGUCAAGUCAGUUUCAGCUCCUUUUUUUUCUUGUACUGUUACAAGAAACGGACGUUUCCGUCGUGAUCGACCACAUCAGAGGUCACGAGAAGCGGCUCGAUAAUAAGACCUUUCCUGAUAACAAACAUCCUCCCAAACAAUGUGAUUAGAAAGCUUUAAUGCAGAAUGUCAGUUACUAAUAAAGUGCUCGUCUGUCUUCACUGAAGAGCACAUUUUGCCCGUGAUUCAACGCUCCGAUAUCAUCCUGCUCUCCCUCAAACCUUUGCCUUGACUCUGAAAGUCCCUGGAUGUCCCGUCCUCCAGUGUUCAUCCGUCUCAUCCCACUCAGCUUUCUUCUGAGAUGAUGUGAUGCAUCCGUCACAUUUGUCAGUCUUCACUCUUAUUAUGAAACCAACCUCAAAAUCUCCCGAGCCAGUAAAAUGCCAGACAUGAGUCGGUUAGUGGUCUGCACUUUUACAACGCCUUUUAAACCUUUUACUAAGUACCAGUACUUCAAGAUGCCCAUUUACACAUUUACACAAACACAUUCCUACCACAACACUUCUGUUAUAUAUUCACUCUCUAUAGAGCCCCCCUAAAGACAAACAGAGGUGAAGCAGGGUUACAAAAACAAAUGUUCUUGGUUGAACGUGGUCACAUAUCCCCGUUAUUUGACUGCCAGCUUGUUUUUUUUCUUACAAUCAAGUUGAAUAUAAACUCAAAACUGUCUGUGAGUCAUAUUUCAUGAUUAAAAGUGAUCUUUUUUAUUA